UAAAAAUCCUGUGCGUAGUGAUGUGAGUGAAACACACUGUGGAAAUUUCCAACGCACUUUCACUGAUGAACUAUGUGGUCAUAACAUCAUAGCCUUUUAUUUGUAUGUAAUAAAAAGUUGGAUUCGUUUGUUGCAAUCAGGAAUAUCACACAGCGCGAAAUUGUAAUUUUCUGGCACGUCCGUUCAAUGCUAGUGCUUCUUCUUUAUCUGUCGUUUUCCAAAGUAGUACAUUCGUCUUACCACAUCAGAGAUAACUCACUUGUUCCUCCAUAUUCAGGUCCUCACUGGGUACCUUAUGGAUCAACGAUUAUUGAACCUCAGUUUGUACGCCUAACUUCCGAUGUAAAAAGUAAUCAAGGAGGUAUUUUCAAUAUAAAACCUUUAUUUGCUCGUGAUUGGGAGGUGGUUAUUUUGUUCCAUGUUCAUAGUCCCAAAACUCUGGUCGGUGAUGGAUUUGCUUUCUGGUAUACUCAACAUCCUCCUUCAAGUGGCCCAGCAUUCGGCAGUCGAGAUAAGUUCCGCGGGUUAGCCGUUUUCUUUGAUACUUACGCUAAUCAAAAUGGUGAGCAUAGUCAUGAGCAUCCUUAUGUCAGUGCAAUGAUUAACGAUGGAUCUAAACACUAUGACCAUGAUAAGGAUGGAACUUUAACUGAACUAUCUGGUUGUUCAUCUAAUUUUCGUAAUAAUGACUACUCAAUGGCCACAAUCCGUUACGCUAAUAACCAGUUGAAGGUUUCUUUGAAAUAUCAAGGUGCUACAGAUCCUGUAGACUGUUUCACAGUUGACGGAGUACGUUUACCUACUGGCUAUUUUAUUGGAAUCUCAGCCGCUACUGGUGACCUUUCAGAUAAUCACGACGUAUACUCUAUUCAUACUUACGAACUGGAUGUUGGUCGAAAAGACGACCCGUUCGCUGACUUUUCCAAAAUUGAACCAUCAGCUGAUCAGGAGGCUGCACCAAGAGGUGUGUCAAUAUCAAUUUCUGAGUAUCAUUUUUGUUGCCAACGCUUUUUUAUAUUAUUAUUGUAGGGCUAUAAACGCAGAAACCGAAUUUUCAUCAGUUAUUAACUUUCGUUAUUGUUUUCCUUCUGUAUUUGGAACUCGGAAUAGGUGUAUGAUCUCAGCUCCAAUAAAAUACUCUAAUCUUAUAAGAAUUUACUUCAGACAAUUACAAUAGCAAGUAAUGGGUUGAUAUUUUGAUCUAAAUGUUUACUAUCUAGUAAUACUUCUCACCUCAACAACACCGAAACGCAAAACAACUUAAGAAUUAAACUCAAGUAUUAAGUGGCCUACUUCUAAAAGUGGAUUUAAAUCUAUUCUUUAACUUACAUAGUUUGGAAAAAAAGGAAACUUGAAAAUUGCUUGGUUUGUUUAGUUGGUUUUCAAGAAGCUACUAUCUGUGUUCUCUUGUCUCUGGCUUUGUUAUGAUAUCUCACAACAACAUAAAUUUAAAAGUCAAUACUUCUAGACUUUUCGGAAUUCUGACAGUGUAGUAAAUAGCACGCAGAAAAUCUUUUGUAGUGAUUAUUUAUCCCCAGCAAUCGAUGUAAUGUACAAAUUGCAGAGAUUUCCAAUCACAACUUGAAAUUGCUCAGAUUUAUGUAGAAUGGUUUUUAAAAUGCAUACAUGGUGGGAUACUUUAUUGUAAUUUAUAUUGAUCAUGUACUAUGUAAAGAAUACUAAGCAAAUGUUGUCCUUGAGAUUGACCAGACACAGCUUUAUGCUGCAUCGUUUAGUUUCGUCACCAGUACAUACGUAACAUUUUUAUGUUAGUUCAAACCAAUGAAGUCAAGGGUAUCUGAUUGACUCAAAAUUAAUGCACAACUUUGAAAUAUCUAACACAAUUCUAUGGUUUUAAUUUUCCUGUUUAGUGAAGUUUUCGCCAAACAUUUUUUCUUACACCACUAGUGUCUUCGAAGCAUUGCUCGUAUAUCUCGGGACCACCGAGUAAGGCAGUUGUUAGGAAACAGGUAAUAGGUAAGGAUGGCAAAUCAAUUGAUGAAGUAGUGAAACUUCAUCAGUUGAGAUGGCUGGCACAUGUGUUACGUAUGCCAAACCACCAACUGCCCCGACGAGCGAUGCUUUAUGGUGUAGGAGUAGGUUGGGAAAAAGCUAGGGGCGGCCAGACCAAAAUGUGGCACAAAUCCAUGAAGUCACUGACAAGUGGACCGAGCCAUGUUGGUAGGUGUAGACUACGUGGUUGAGAUCCGCGAGACGAUAGCAACCGAUGGUUAGAGGCCUUAAAUGACAUGGCUCAAAACCGUUUGCAAUGGCACAGGUGCAUCCACUCUUUGUGUUCACCCGAAUUCUAAUCUUCUGAAUUCUUCAUGUCCCUUUUUUAUUUUUCCAAGUUUAUUUCACGGGAUUAUACUCCUUGAAUAACAUCUUCAAACCCUAAUCUCUCUGACUAAUGCUUGUACUCAUAUUACCUCUGCCGUUACGGAAUCUGAAUCGACAAUUGUAUCUGUGUGUUAAUGUGGUAUGGCAACUCGAACUGAUGUACGUACGUACGAAGUUCUACGUUACUGAGUGAAUAGCUGAUGAGCCAACGAUAGAUUUCGUUAAUUUAUCAUGAGUUUGUGAUUUUAAAUAAUUUUAUUAAUUAGCAAAAAAUGAAUCUACAUGUUUGUUAUUUAUUAAUUCAAUGAGUAUAGUAUUUGACUGACUUUAUUUUAGUAAAUAGUCUUUGACAAUAUCUUAAUGAACAUGUUGUUCUUAUACACAAUACAGCAUUCACCUAUUGAAUAAUGUAUGCAAAAAUUAAUGUAGUUUGCUGCUAGUAUUUGUGUUUUUAAAUUAGUUGAUUUAAAGUGAAUUGUGUAAAUAAUGUUGCUUUUAUCAUAAAUUGAUAAUAAUUUGAAAAGUGUUGCACUUUCAGAGCAGUAAUAUUUAUUUUAUCCUCAUUUUGAGACGCAUUAGUUACUACCCUCCCUUGUUCUUGUGAGAUCCAGCACACGGCCUUCAGGUUUGUUAGUUAUUUCAAGGUUUCACUAAGAUAAACAUUAAACCAAAGGGCGCGCCAAUUAUAGUGGAUUUAUCAAACCAAAAUGUUGUCUAUCAAACGUGCAAGCUUUUAGAAUCGGAAAUGUCAGCAAAUACUUAAGGUAAAGAUUAGUUCUUAUAGUUAAUCUGUUUAUACUCUAAUCCCAAAUCCGGAUUUAGGAUCCGACCUUAUCCUUUCUUCGUUGAAUUGAGGACAUAUUGCAUUAUAAAUCAUUCGUCCUUAUAUGUUGCUUCCUGACCAGCUGACAAAUGUGAGAAUUUCUCAGUCAAUUCAAGUGCCUCUCUUUAGUGCUUACGCCCUAUAGUAAUGUAUUUAACACUAAAUCUGAAUAACUACCUCUUCAUCUCUAAUUUCAUCAGUGGUUUUCUAGUUGGUGUCAAUUAUAAUAAGAAAUAUUUUCUAAUUAACUGAAUUCUCAUACAUAAUUGGAUUAUAUCUGUGUACAAAUGACUUGUUUAUAAUCCUUCAUCGUUUUUUUAUCGAAAUUAAACUUUGAAGAGAUAAUGAAGUGCUGAACUGUUGUGCUUGGUAGAUAAAGAAUCAAAAGCAUUUAAAUCUUUAUGAUUUGAAGUACUAUGGGUUGAUAAAUGAUGUAUUAUGUAAAUAUAUCACAUAAUUCUAAUGACUUUAGUCUUCUCAUUGGAUUAUUUAGGUAAAAUGUGUGAUUACAGUUUUCCUCCACUUUAAGUUUUGGAUUUCAGUCAUAUUGGUUAACAUUUAUGUACAUAACAACAACUACCAGGGUUACAUACACAUUCAUUUUUACGGUUGAUCUACGCACAAAUUCAGCUGAUUACGACUGGCCACUGAUGAUCCUCUGAAGUCUAAAAUCAGUAACUAUUUUUAGAUUAGGGGUUAAUCCUGAUUAACAUUCCGUCACAGUCUUUAUAAUGUGGCUGGCUUGAUCGAGCACUUUGUAGUUAAACUGUAAUUUUAUACUCAAAAACACCAGAGUAUAGUGAAUAUACAUACUACCAUUAGUCGAAUGAUGAUUGGAUUGAUUUAAGGAUUCUGCAUUCGAAGCAACACUUCCCGGUGUUAUUCAGUUAUCGAUUUUUGUAGAUAUUCAUGUAAAUUUUCUUUUUUUUUAGCUCGAGUUGAUGAUACUCCACCAUCGAGAUUCAGCCGCGUACUUACAUUAUUUUCUUGGUUAUUUGUAUUUGGAUUUAUUAGUGGUGGUGGAUAUAUGGGCUAUAAAUAUUAUAAGAAGCGUCAAAGGCAAAUGAAGCGAUUCUAUUAGUGAACAAAUUUAAACUGAUUAUCACUAAUUCUUUAAACAAAGCAAACUAUUUUCAUUAAAUGGCCAAUGUAUAUUUGCGGGUAUUAGAAACUGGAGUCGUGACUAUAUCCUUCGUUUUCCUGAAUGUUCAUCCACACAUUUUUUAGAGAUGAUUUUUGUACUUGUUUAUACUACUCCUGGUCAAUUAAAAGUGUUAAAUGAGUUAAAUAUUUUUACUAACCUUAUCAGUAUCACGUUAGUAUUUUUGUGCAUCAGUUUGAUACUGACAGUAGUAGAUCAUAAUUUGUUAAAUGUUACAACGAAUCGCAAUAUUAAUUUUCGUCCUGUCCUUCUGUCUCCUUAUUUUUUAUGCCAAGAAAACUACGCAAAAAUGUUUUCUGUUCUAAAACUUUUAGUUAUUCAUAUUUUCCUUUGUCAAUAAUCGUCAAACAAAUAAGAUUUCUAAUUUUUCUUCUGUGAUGGUAAGAAGCCUUGCAUGAUUGUGAAAAAUAAAUAUUAUUAUUGCUUUGAUGGAUGUAGAUGUAUAAAAGUGUUAAAUUUGUAUCAAUUUACUUUCAGUGUGUCUUUUUUUCUUUCUAGUCACAAGUGGUUUUUGUUUCCUAGCAUUGUUGGCUAAUACAUUUAUGGUGGAGUUUCCCCCGAAAAACCCUCAGUGCAGACUACUUUUAUUGCUUCCAAACAUAUGAAGAAAAUGAUAGUGUCUGUCCGAUACCAAAUAUACCGAUAAUAACUUUAAAGGUUUAUUGAUGCCUCCUGAGUAAUUAUUGUUCUGAUGUAUGUUUAGAGUUAGUUGGUUUAUUCAGAUGUCAUCACGAUACUGAUUGUUCCCGGCGUUCAAUGCAUUCUUAUUUAUGAAGCAUGAUCUUUUGAAUACCAGGCUUGUGGAAGCACCAUAUAUUUGUGCAUUAACUCAGUAAGUUUUUCAGGACUUCUAAAAUGUGCAUGAAUAGUUCGAAGAAAUAAUAAAAAUGCUCAUAAACAUUAGGUCAUUAACAUUAUACAAACAUUUGACGUUUGGAAAUUGUUGCAAUGAAAUCGGAACCAGUGACCAGUCGUACAACACACUAAUUAUUUGUUGUCGCCCUAAAACAUGCUCAUUAGUCCUACGGAGUCAAGAGAGAUCA